UUCAAACAAAUACUGUUUUCAUUGGAAGAAAAAAACGCAAGACCAUGAAAAAGAUUAUCUUAGAGACCAACAAAAUUAAAAGAAGAUAACACCAGAUUCUAUGCAUGCGUCAUAUUAUGUCCCCACAAUCUAAGCCUUGUUUUUGUUUAAUACUAAUGAGAACAUCAUAGUACAGAUUGAUACUUUCAUUUCUCAAAUUUUCUAUAUUAAACAAAAACAAAUAUAACAUUAUAUAAUGUCUGAUAUGCAACAUAUUCAGUUUAGUAUAACCUACAUCAAUGGUCCCAAAUCGCAAUAAGUGAAGAGACUAAUUGACUAAUGAAAUGCAAAUCAAAUUGUAAUAUUCAAAUGGUAUUUUCUCAAGUCUUAUAACCAUUUUCCAAAGGUAGUUACUAAUUAAUAUAGUCUUUGACACACUCCCAUAUAUACAGAUCACACGCCAUUUCAAUAUAUAUUCGAAUCUCAUCUAGAAAUUCUCCAUAUAUCCAUUUGUUUUCUAUUCCUGUUACUGUUAAUCUUAUACCUUAAACUAUAUCACCUAGUCACAAAUUAUACCUUUUUCAUCAUCUGUUAAAUGUUGUUGGAAGAAACAGAACCACCAAACCAGACUCUAGAUCAUGUCCUAAGCUGGCUUGAGGAUUCUGUGUCCUUAUCCCCAUUACCAGGAUUUGAUGAUUCUUAUUUGCUCCACGAGUUUGAUGGGACUCAAACGUGGGAAUGGGAUCAGACUCAAGAUCCGGAACAUGGUUUUAUUCAAAGCUAUAGUCAAGAUCUUAGUGCAUAUGUGGGUUUUGAAGCAACUAACCUGGAAGUGGUAACAGAAGCUCCAUCCAUUGAUUUGGAUCCUCCACCUGAACUUCAGCAACAAAAUGAUCAGUCCAGGAAAAGGAGCCGCGACGGGGUUAUCGAGGCACAACAGGUGAAAAAAUCGGCAAGGAGCAAGAGAAAAGCAAUCAAGUCUAGUGAGAAGAGCAGCAAAGAUGGUAACAAGGAAGGUAGAUGGGCAGAGAAAUUGCUUAACCCUUGUGCCUUGGCCAUUACGGCAAGUAACUCAUCAAGGGUUCAACAUUACCUUUGUGUUCUCUCUGAACUGGCCUCUUCUUCUGGCGAUGCUAAUCGUCGGCUUGCAGCUUUUGGUCUUCGGGCUUUGCAACAUCAUCUUUCCUCAUCAUCCUCUGUGUCAUCAUCUUUUUGGCCUGUUUUUACUUUUGCUUCAGCAGAAGUGAAGAUGUUUCAAAAGACUCUGCUUAAGUUCUACGAGGUAAGCCCUUGGUUUGCUUUGCCUAAUAACAUGGCAAACUCAGCUAUCCUGCAGAUUCUAGCACAGGAUCCCAUAUAUAAAAAGGAUCUUCAUAUUCUUGAUAUUGGUGUUUCUCACGGUAUGCAAUGGCCCACUUUGUUGGAGGCUCUGAGCUGCAGACCAGAAGGACCUCCUCCUUGUGUUCGAAUAACCGUUGUAUCUGAUCUAACCGCAGACAUACCUUUCUCUGUUGGUCCACCAGCUUACAAUUAUGGUUCUCAACUCCUUGGCUUUGCUCGGUCUCUCAAGAUCAACCUUCAGAUUAGUGUACUUGACAAGUUCCAGCUCAUUGAUACCUCACCUCACGAGACCUUAAUAGUCUGUGUUCAGUUUAGGCUGCAUCCCCUGAAGCAUAGCAUCCCUGAUGAGAGAGGCGAGACUUUGAAAGCACUGAGAAGUUUGAGGCCAAAAGGAGUGGUCCUUUGUGAGAACAAUGGAGAAUGUAGUGCCAGUGGGGACUUUGCAGCAGGAUUCUCGAAGAAACUUGAGUAUCUAUGGAAGUUUCUGGAUUCAACAAGCUCAGGAUUUAAAGAAGAGAAUAGUGAAGAGAGAAAACUAAUGGAAGGAGAGGCAACAAAGGUGUUGAUGAAUACAGGAGAGAUGAAUGAAGGAAAAGAUAAAUGGUAUGAAAGGAUGAGAGAAGCUGGUUUUGCCGCAGAAGCAUUUGGAGAAGAUGCAAUUGAUGGAGCCAAAUCUUUACUGAGAAAGUAUGACAACAACUGGGAAGUAAGAAUGGAAGAUGGAGAUACCUAUGCUGGAUUAAUGUGGAAAGGAGAGGCAGUUUCCUUUUGUUCAUUGUGGAAGUAGCUAGCUUCUUUAUGUUUGUCUUAGCUUCCAAAUAAAAGGCUUGUGUAAAUUGUUAUCUGCAGUGUUAUUUUACUGUGAAGUAGACAAUUAAUGCACUAUUUUCCAUCUUCUAACUCUCUCCCUCCCUCUUCUACUUUAGCCUCUGAAGACAAAAUAAGUAAUUUAGUUUCAACAUUUUCCAACCCUAAAUUCACUGUGGCAAGAAAGUAGUUAAGUAACAGGAAACGCAUCAAGAUGUUUACAGCAACAAAUA